AAUACACACUCACACACGGUGCACAGGCGCUGGUGUCACUGGGAAUCUUCCUCCAGGCAGGAUGAUAAGGCAUGUGACUGAAUAAGCAAGGCACCCCAAGUCUUAAGAGACAACUCUGGUUCCACCGGGAAAGGAAACGAGAAAGGGGGGGAGGAGAGUCACACUUUGACUCUACCCUGGGGUUUCUGUUCUGAGGGUCUGGGGGAGUUAGCUUACGUCCCUUUUCUGUUUUUCUAGCAACUCUGGGCUUCCAUUUCUCUACAGAUCAUUUCCUCAGUCUCUUGGGCUGUUCAUGCUCUUCCCACUUCUGAAAGCAGCCUUAGUUUCUCAACCAUGUAUAAGUUGAGCUUGGGGAUCACUGCUCUGGAGGUCAUGGACAGCCUUUUUUUUUUUUUUGCAUUUUAAAAUAUGUGUAUGUGUCUGUUUGUGGGUAUGUGCAUGUGAUCAUGUGAUACCUGCAGAGCCCUGAAAUCCCCCCCUGGAGCUAGUUACAUUAAGUUGUGACUUCCCUAGUGUGGGUAGUCAGGUCAUGUACAGGAAGAGUACAAGUUCAUUACCACUGGGCCAUCUCCCCGGCCCCUGGAUAGCUUGUUUUGACCUUUUCUGUGAGUUUGCUCUGAAUAAUGGGGGUAAGCUGGUCCAUACCUUUUUGGAAGUAAUAGUGUUGCAGAACUUGCAGUUGUGGGAAGCCCUGGUUCCUCUGGAUAAUCUUGCUCCUCAGAGCUAUGCGGCUGUGGAGAUUGCAAAGACCGAAAGUGCCCUAAAUCUUUGGAGUAUUUUAUAGGGACAACUACUCCUAUAAAUAGGGAUGAGAUUAUCUUUUGGUUCUCAUUCUUGAAUUUAUCAGGUUUGGGUCACUAUGUUUUGGCUUUAUCUUUUCGUUUAUGUUUAGGCAGGGAGGAAUCUUGUCUUCUGAACAAGCCAGAAAUGUCUGGAGAGCGAGCAGCCAGGGGAAUCCAGUACUUAUGGAAAACUGCUCAAAAUACUGGGUCACGCUCUAGGGUCAGAAAACUAGGUGUGUGCUUUGGGGUUUCCCUGAUAUCAGCUGCUACGGAUGUCAUUUUCACAGGCUGCUUGACAUACCCUUGAAGAUACAAAGGUAGAAAUAAAGGUGGGUUGGGAGCCGGGUUAAGUCAAUGGAGGUUUCCGGGAGCCGCCCUUUGAGGCGGAGACGCUUCCCCCCCAGUCUGCAGAGGGCGCUGUGGGCGCCUCCGCCACACGGCCCCGCAGCCUCCCCGGGGAGGAGCCUCUCCUGUAGCGGCCGCCGCCGCCGCCGCCUCCGCGAUCGCAAACCCGGAAGAAGCCUCUGGUUGCUGAACUGUACCAGCCGGCUUGGUAUUGCCAUGCAGCCCGAGGAGGUAGGUCUGGUUCCCGCUCCAGCAAGGGAGCCGAGACUGACCCGCUGGCUGCGGAGAGGCAGUGGGAUCUUGGCGCACCUGACAGCUUUGGGCUUCACCAUCUUUCUGACUGUGCUGUCCCGGCCAGGAACCAGUCUUUUCUCCUGGCACCCUGUGUUCAUGGCCUUGGCGUUCUGUCUCUGCAUGGCUGAAGCUAUCCUACUCUUCUCACCGGAGCACUCCCUGUUCUUCUUCUGCUCUCGAAAGACCCGGAUUCGACUCCACUGGGCAGGGCAGACCAUGGCCAUCCUCUGUGCUUUCUUGGGCUUGGGCUUCAUCAUCUCCAGCAAGAUCCGCAGUGAGCUGUCCCAUCUGGUGUCCUGGCACAGCUGGAUAGGAGCUCUGACACUGUUGGCCACUGGGGGACAAGCACUGUGUGGGCUGGGCCUCCUCUGUCCGCGGGCAGCCCGGGUCUCAAAGGUGGCUCGUCUCAAGCUCUACCAUCUGACAUGCGGCCUGGUGGUCUACUUGAUGGCCACAGUAACGGUGCUCUUGGGCAUGUACUCAGUGUGGUUCCAGGCCCAGAUUAAAGGUGCAGCCUGGUACCUGUGCCUGGCAUUACCGCUGUACCCAGCCCUGGUGAUCAUGCACCAGAUCUCCAGCUCCUACUUGCCAAGGAAGAAAGUAGAAAUGUGAAUGCCUCCGAACUCUGAACCUAGUUGGGAUUCUUGCCUUGGACUUCAGCAGUUCCUUGAUCCUCACGGGACCCACUUCAGAAGCAAACUUUUGCACUUCAUGACUGAGCCAAAGGGUGCUGAAACCCUAGCUGCUACCGCUGAGGGGUGAUCUGGUGGGCUCCAAUGGGGAAAUGUACUACUGGGUGCAAGUGGAAGGUUCUGGAGAAACUGAAGCCUCACUCUUGAUGGGCUUCAUAAAGGAUUAGGUGGUGGUGGUGAUGGUGAUGGUGGUGAUGACUUGCUUAUGUGCCUGAUGAAGAGUUGAGUUCUUCUUGGUUAUGAAUGACCACCGCAGAUAUUGGGGUCCCUUCUGAAAAAGCAGUACUGUGGAGAGCCCGUGGUCUCUUAAGCUGUGUUGUACAAUCAACCUUAGACAAGUUCCAUCUCAAGAUCUCAGUUUCUUCAUCCGAAAGACCCUUACCUUUAGCACUGAUGUCACUGAAUACCCUCUUAGCUCUGGACCAUGCAGACAGCUCAGGAUGUAAUUCCUUCAUCCAUUCUUCCUUUACUCCCUUGUAAGGACAUCUCUAUACUUGUACCCUUCAGAAAUCCGUGCUGACUUGACUCCUGAACCAAGGAACAAGGGCCACAAAUCAUGGAAAGAAGGGACCGCGUGAGGGUCCCUGUACAAUAAGAUAGUAAAGGCACUAAAGUCACUUUCUUUAGAGGAACAGGAGGAAAUUGGCCUUAACCAAGCCCUGGAAUCUUGGACUCCUUAGCUCAGCUAAGAACUUCUUCAGGCUACCUCUGGGUCUAGACUGUGGUCUGGGUAUGCUCCUGACAUCCAAUCUCAGGGUAGAGUAGUUCUGGGCAUCUUACACUUUGCCCUUAAGGCUUAGAGUAUUUACUUAGUACAUUGCUCCAGGGAACUCUUCUGAAGCUUUCAGAUCAAAAUAAAAACCAGACAGUGGGACCCUCUUGAUCCAAGGAACACAGUGUCUCCCUGGUUGCCCUUCUCUCCUUGUCAUUUAAGUUUCCCUUAGUUGUCUCCUGCCAGUCCCUCAGCUUAAGAGUGGGAUGAUUUUGGUACCAACUGGGCUCUCUUCCCUGCCAAGACACCUCCUUGGUUCAACUGAGUUCCCCAGAACGUCAUUGGUGGUGAGGGCUGGAUGUCAAACUAGCUAGCUGUGGUGUGGGUCAGUCCAAGAUCCUAGUAAGGACUGGAGACUGCAGGUCCAGGAAAGGUACCCGUGCGACUUUCUACCCGGGAGACAGAGCCCAUCAGAAACUCUGGGAGGCCUUACAGGGGCUAGAGCUCCAGAUCCAGAAACAAAGGAAAAGUGUUUGUUGCUUGUCUUGGAUCCUCUGAAGAUUUAAGGCUUCUCCAGGCGGCUCAGAAACAAGGCGGGUGGGAUUCAAUAGUACAGGAAUGGGGACUGUAGGGCAUAAGUGUCCUCUCAGUGGACCUCACCAUGCUUUUCCCUGGGGAGAUAGCAUCUCAUCAGCUAUCUAAAUACAGCUUACUGAACAGCAGCUCCUGCAGUGCAGAGGGGAGCCAUUCUUGUUUUUUUCAAUGCCCUCUCUCCCUGUCAAGCUAUCCAGUGUGCUGUGAGCUUGGAAGGAAUGGUUACUGGGCCACAUGAAAGAGAUUCUCACUAGGGUCACUUUGAUGCUGGGCUCUGUCUCCUUCCCUCAUCAAGGCCAGUGCUGGGGGCUCCCCAGAGUGGGCCAGGUAAGGGUCAGCAGCUUGUUCUCAGAGCACAGAGGCAUGCAGGAAAGCCUGAGCCUGGCUGAGGUGUUGCCUCCUCCCAGGUGGUGCGGGGGCUGGUAGGCGGGCAGGCAGGCGUGCUGACAGCCGGCAGUUUGCGUAGGCUGUGCCAUCUGAUGUCUAUUCCCAGCCCUGGGAGGAAGGGGAGUCAUUUAUAUUCUGCAGGAAGAAGGGACCCAGCUGUCGCUUCCUCUGACCAGUGGGCCUGGAGGGCAUCCGUGCAGAGCAAAGAGGGCACAGGUAGCGGUGGUUUCCUACUCAGGGAUCUGACUGCAAUACAGGGAGCAGGGCACCGGCAUGAGCCUUUCUUGUUGGUAGGCCAGAUUUGGGGGGGGGACUUCCCUCCCCUCCCGCCUUUCCACUUCUCCAUCACCACCUGCCCUCACAUCCUGGGGCAGCAGCUGGACAACCAUUAGCCCUCAGUGCCAGGGUUUCGUCUCCAGCUGGGAUCUGUAGCUGCCGGCUGCAUAUGCCUCUGGCUGUGUACUCCUCUUCCCCACACCGGCUGCCCCUUCCUCUUUGUAUCUUCCAGCGUCUGGAUGCUACCUGGGCUUUCUAGCAGCUAGGCAGGGACCGUGGGAGGUGGGGGGCACAUGGCUAUCCUCUGCUGGUGUUCCUUGACUAGGGGAAGCUGCUGGCAGUCAGCCUGUUUUGCUUUUUAAAGUGGGGCGGGGGAUGACACUCAGGAUGCUCAAGAUUUAAAAGUCACCCAUCAUUUGCACAAAUUUCCAUAUCGUGCUAAGUCCUGAUUCCAUAUCUGAUUGUGUUCCAAGCUUCAUUAUACUCAGACUCAACCUUAAGGGCAUUAGAAAGAGUUUUGUAUCAAAUCCAAAUGGUAAUGGGCAUACUGGAGUCCUCUCAGGAGCCCCUUUGUUCCUGUAUCCUCCCUUUUCUGUGAGUCCCAUUGGGGUUGGGGGUGGCGGUGAAUGAAUGACAGGAGCUCGGCAUCCAGAGAACUCUUGCUUCCUUCUCUGGCUGUCAUUCCCAUCCAACAUAGGCUGCUCUCACUUGCCGGGCGGGGCUUGCUCUCCCCCUCCCGAGGCAGGCCACCCUUCCUCCAUGACACUGGCCUACCCUGUCUCUCAUUGUCCCCACCUUUCCACCCCCAUGCAUGGCUGUUGUGGGUCUUGUUUUUCAAACCUCACUGUGGGAGAUCCAGGCAUCCCCCCUGAGCCAGCUGGCUGCUGUGCCAAGGCCUGUUCAGAGUUAAUAAUAAUCAUUAGUUGAAUGGCGCCGGGGCCUUUCAGCUCCAGAUCUCUAAGCAUUUGCAGGCUGACUCAGCCAGCCUUCACCUUCCCCCUCUUCCUGGGCUUUGGAGUGUAACAGCAUGGGAAGGCACUGUGGGAGAGGGAAUCAGGAUUCUUGCUGCCUGACCAUGCCCGAAGAUUUUCUCUGAGGGUAAGCAGUGAGGCCAAGGUACACAGAGAAUAUAGUAUGCUCAGCAGAGACCACCACGGCUGUGGCAGCUGAUAAGCCCAGACCUUUAGAACUCCUCUGUACUUGCCUUGGCCUCUGCAAGGCACUCCACCUGAACGCCCUUAGGCAGGCUUAGAGAGCGAGAAACUUUCCGGGCUAGUAACCCCAAUACCCUUGUCUGCGACUGGCACACACAUACAGAAAACGGUCAUGAACUGAAAGGUUCUCCAGCCUGAACACUGGAAAAGCUGCUGUAUUGGUGUCUCAGCUCCUAACACUGGGUGGUAUAAGCAAACUGUUUGCUUCUCAUCCUACCUCACAGGGGUGUUGUGAGGGUCAGACAAGAGAGCAAGGUUAAAAGCAUUAAACAAAUGCGAAGCAGA